GUGCGACAGAUCCAUCGUUAAUAAAUCAAGGCAGACAGCUCUGGACAUUGCUAAAUUUUGGGGGUACAAGCACAUAGCUAACUUGUUGGCUAAUGUGAAGGGUGGGCAGAGGCCUAAGUUUCUGUCAAACGAAGUGAAAGAAUAUGAAAAUUAUUUUGGCUUGACACUUCUGGACAGAAAGAGUGAUAAAAGAACAGAUUCCAAGUGGCUAAGCAAAAAGCAAAGCCAUCCAACCACAGUAUACAUCCUCUUCUCAAAUCUAAGGCCUUUGGUUACUUUGAGUGGGGGAACAGAGAGCUCCCAGCAGCCAGAAGUAAAGCUUUGCAGGCUGUAUCACAAGGAUGUGGAACAAUGCAUGAAUCAAACUGAAGAAAGCACCUUGAUUUUUCUUGGAGUUGAACUUCAGUUCCACAUGAACCUGCUAGCUGCUUGCAAUGGACAAGUUCUGCAAGAAGAUGAAGAAGAUGGGUUAGUUGCUUGGUUUGCUCUUAGUGUAGAUUCUAUUUCUGCUGAGAAAUUCAAACAGAAGCAUGAGGGCUGUUACUUUCUUCACCCACCAAUGCCAACCCUACUGCAGCUACCUGAAAAAGAAGCUGGAGUAGUAGCCCAGGCUAGGUCUGUUCUAGCAUGGCACAACCGCUACCAAUUCUGCCCAACAUGUGGGAGUGCAACCAAGAGUGAAGAAGGGGGUUACAAGAAAACUUGCUUAAAAGAAGAUUGUCCCAGUCUCCAAGGUGUUCACAACACAUCCUACCCAAGAGUUGAUCCUGUUGUGAUAAUGCAAGUCAUCCACCCAGAUGGGAACCACUGCCUUUUAGGUAGGCAGAAGAGGUCUCCCCCAGGAAUGUUUACCUGUCUUGCUGGAUUUGUAGAACCUGGUGAGUCAUUUCAUUUUCCCUUACCAAAUGUUUUUUCUUAUCAAUCAGUAUUUUACAUUGAAAAUAUUCUAGAA